CUGUGGCGCGUACGGACCGCGCGUCCGAUUCGGUUAUCGCGUGCUCGACCACAUUCUGCAAAACUGCAGGACUGCAGCUUUGCUUUGCGCAUCAUCCCAGACAGGUCGCCCCCUUGUGUCACUUUGGUGGCGGAAGGUAAACGGGUUCGAAGGGAGCGGUAGGAAACGGCGGUUGGGACGGCGACCGGGACACCCUGAAUACCCUCGGGCGGGUGACGAAGAAGUAAGGCCGCAUAAGGUGAAACAAGGUGUAUAUAUAAGAGUGUGUGUGUGUGUGUGGGUACGUUUGUUUGUGCGUGUAUGUGCGUUGGUGAUGUUGGAGAGGGGAAACAUGGUCAGUGUCUGGAAAUGUGUGGUUUGCAGCGUGUCAUUGGAUAAGUGUGUGCUGCUUUUUGUGGCCAACAGGAGCACUUGCCAGCUGCAGUAGAUACUGUACGUGGGACAUUGCAUGUGGCCUAAGGUGCCCUGUUCAACUAAUGAGAAGCACCUAUACCUGUACCUGUGUAUGUGCGAUUGUGCGUGGUUUUGUGCAGUGAGUGAAAAACUCAUCGGUAUGUGAUGUACACAGUGCGGCGUCGAGUGCUAGCGAUGAUCAUUCUGCUAAAGUGCAAUGUGAUGGCCAUCGAUAAUAAGCCAAUUGUGGAAUGUCUUUGCGAAUGUGCUGGUGUGUUGCCAGUGGAAAGCAUUUGAAUGUAUGAAUGUAGGUGUUUGGGAGUACUGGAACAUGCCAAUUUAAAGUAGGUAGCUGUUUGGCACAUCGUACAGCACGCUCCACAGCUUCGAAAGAGCUGCACAUUGUGAAACGUGUGAAUUGGAUAUCUUGAUAACUGCUGGAAUUGGACAAAAUUGCUAUAGUUGUAACAUCUUUUCGAAGAAGCAAUUCAGUAGAAGGAUGAUGCAAUCUUACAGUGUACAGACCGUAGAAUAGCUUCCAACCGUCAUCAUUCUAAAUCCGUUGAUUUCCAUCUAAAGCUAGUCGAUGCUAUAAUGUAAUGCAGCGCUACCCAACUUUAUCGAUUUGCUUAAAGGUUUCAAACGUGACAAAGAUAAACGAAAUGAAUAAAACAACUGCGCUGAGCAUAAUGAAGCACUGAAACUAUUCGGUCAUUAAGAGCUUCCGAUGUGGCGCAAGGAACUGUGGACAAAAUACAAAAGAAAAUUCACUCAGCCCAGCAGAUAACCAUUCUUAAGCCUCGUAAAAGUAUUGCACGCCACUCGGUACAGCGGUCGGUACAUCGGUAACAAAUCUGGCAAGGUCAAUCGUCCGUUUGUGACCUUCAUCCGCCCUCGGCGAGGUAGCGGGCGGACGGCCCCUGUCCUGCAACGAUGAAGGUGGACAAGGGCGUGUGUACCAACGGCACACUGGAGGAUCUGAACAGGGCCAUUCAGUUCGAGGCCGUCUUUUCGACACUGGUCGAGAACAAGAUACUGGCCAUCAAGCGAGAGUGCGAGCUAAAGAAACGCCACAAAAAGUCGCGCCUCCUGCGGCGUAUCCUUUUCGGGCGGAAGAUAUCAACGAGUGGAGCGGGCGGAAGCGGCUGUUGCCAUCGGGAGGUUUCCGCUAGCAAUAGCAAUAGUAGCGAUGGUGCAAACGCGGCCAUCGAACCGUUAUGUCCAGGUCAUAAUGGAACGGCAGGAAGCGUGGACCGUCAGCAGCGGGAAGGUCUCGAUGCCGGUUGCUACACCUAUGGGAGUGCGGUGCCGGAAGCGAGCCUUGGGGUGGAAAACUCCACCAUUAGCGACGGAGUUGAUGAGGUUAUCGUCGAGAUCGGCGACCUUUCGUCGCUGGUCGAUGCCGAUGGGAAUGUGGUUGUGGCAACAACGAGUGUGGAACCGGCCAUGCUUGUCGAGGAGGGUAGUUCGCCGCAGGUGAGUGCGCCAAAUCGAGCUUCUGGUGCGUCCCGGAUAUCCGCCGCCGAGUCGAGCUCAACGAAAAGUCCCGAAUCGCUUGAAAAUCGUAAAGGCAGUGGUCGUACGUCGACUAACGCACCACGGAAGUCCUCUCUGCUGGAACCGGUUUCCAUCGAGAUCGAGCCCGAAUCGGACCCACUCAGCGCUCAUUACGAUUUGGAAGAUAGUGCUACGAAUGUGUCGAUCGAGCUGGAUGGUGUUAGCGAUGUGUCGGAUAUGCGGCGCAGCAUUGCCUCGGAACCUAUAUCCAUAAUCAAGAACUCGACUCGAUCGCGGUACGGAUUGGGAUCGUAUCUGUCCGCCGGCAAUGCCGUUGCCAACCGACUGCGCGUACUCGAAGCGAAAUCGAUCAGCGCCCAGAACAGCCCCAUACUGCCACGCCAGAAGCCAGCGGCCGAAGGACGCCACCUGACAUUCAGUACGGCCACCUACCAGCAGCCAAAGUCGUCGACCAAAGCGAGCGCCAUCGACUGUGAUACCUCGUUCGUGGUGGAUCUCAGCCAGUCGGAUCGGGAUCAGGAACAGCAACAGCAGCAACAGCAGCAGCAGCAUCAGCACAACAACUCCACUGUGAUAGGGAAGGACAAGCCGACCAGCCAGGUGGCUAGCGGCAGCAAAAAGUCAGCACUAUUUCUAGGCGAUAAUAGCAGUAGUAGUAGCGCUAGUAAGAGAAACAAAUUAACGCAACCCCAUAACAGUAACCAUUCUGCUGGUGCAGUGUCCAUCGGUCGGGCCGCCCAUUCGGCACAGCAACAGCAGCAGCAGCCGCAGCAGCAAGAGGCGCCGUCUUCGCCUCCACUCGGACUCAUCGAAAGCUUUAACCAGCUGACGGCAUCCAAUCUACCUGUGAUAGCAUCUACCGCACGACAUUCACCGCCGGUUAGUGAUCUGGUGAAGCUGCAACAGCACCACCUUACCAAUACUCGCCAGCAGCACCAUCGGCCCUCAUCACCGUCGAUCCUGCUCGACUCCCUCUGCCGGGGUGAAGCGCAUCCGCCAGCCGAUGGUCACUCACCCAUCCCUUCCAGACGGGCUAGCAAAGGAUCGGCUGUAGCUCCCAUAGCUGGCGAAGGCGUCUCGGAUGCAGUUUCGGGCACGUCCGCAGGUGCAAUGCAACCCUUAACUGCAAGCUUAACUCAACCGAACCAGCAACAAACCCAGCGCAAGCAGCGUAGCUUUCUCAAACAAUCCAGCUGCGACGUUGAGCUGCACUAUCGGCCAAACGUUACUGGCACCAGGCGAUCGAGCGCCAAGGAGCAUCACAGCCAUCGCAAGAGCAGCGCGUACGGUCACGGCGACGACUACUCUUCCUACAUCAUGGGCUACGACAUCAACGAGAGUGACGAGGAGAAGCUCAACAAACGGAAGUACAUUCUAGAAUAUCUGAAGCGAUGCUCGGACCCGGUCAUAGUGUUCCCGUCAACGAGCAGCGGAGCCGGAGCGGUCGGGAGCGGUGCCAUCGGUGGCAGUGGCCUCCAACAUUGCAUCCUAAGCCGUCCUCCGAAUCAACCACUUCAAUUCCCCUACGACGAAGACUUCAUGUACGAUGUUUCACUGCAAAUUGAAUCCGAACGUCACGGGGAGCUGGAUUCAAUAGUGCCUGAGCAUAGGAGGAAGCAUAAACACAGCAGACAUCAUCAUCAUCACCAUCGACACUGUAAGAAGAAAAGACACAAGAAGCGCAAAAUUCUGGUGCACGACCUCGACGACCAAAGCGUUAAGGUGAUAGAUCCGGACGAUCUGCCGCAACGUGCCAGAUGGACAAUCAUUGCGACCGCAUGCCUAUUACUGAUUAUGUGCCUACUAUUAGUUGGAAUCACACUGCGGAUGGCUCCCAUCAUUGACGACAUGGGUAAGCAUAAAAAGGACUGGACGAUUGAAAAGAACAGACACUGGCAAGGAUAAGUAGAAAAAAUAUCAAAUGGAUUUACUAAAUGUUAUUCAAUUAUUUUGUGAAAUAAUUAUUUGUUUUUAUAUGUUAUUUGUGAAUAUAGACAAGUAAUUAUAGUUUUUCAUAAAGAGGACAAAAAUUUAACAUAAA